AUGCGCCUAACAAUCAGAAGUUUAGCCUGGGCUGUCAGCUCACUCUUAUGUGCCUAUCAGUUUGAAUCGGUCGCAGGAAUUUCAUCAGAUGAAAGCCAGAAAAUCAUUAGUAAUGACAACAAAAUUCCAGGAAAUAGCCCCGUGGCUUAUUGCAUUUCUCCCGAGAACAGCAUCUUGACUAUUAAAAGCGUCAUCUUAACACCCUCUACUCCAAUUCCGGGCCAGAAGCUAAAGAUUGAAGCAACUGGAGACCUUUCAGAGGACAUCAUCGACGGUGCAAGCGUCAAAGUUCAAGCUAAAGUAGGAUACAUAACUCUCUUGACCUUGACUUUAGAUCUCUGUAAUGAGAUCACCAAGAUUGGAGAAAGCUGCCCCUUGAAAAAAGGCACUCAUAAUAUCACACGUGAAGUUGACAUACCCCAAUACAUACCUGCAGGAUCUUACAAAGUGUCUGCCGACGUUGAAUCGGUAGAUCACACUCAAAUUACUUGUCUUGAAGCAACAAUCCGAUUUUAA